UCUCUUGUAAUUGACAUCAAAACUACCCAAGACUAAGUCAAUUAUGACGAUUUAUUAAUUUAAUUUACGACGGAUCAAACAAGAAAAGCGAGUAUUUAUGACUGAAAAUGACUUCAGCCACCCUUCACUUUCAAAUGAAAUUAAUGUGAAAGGAAACUUGAUGGUUCAUGAUGAAGUCGAUGUGCCAAAGAAAGCAAUGCACCGGAGGAAAGUUUAGGGACGGAAGACUGGAGGGCCAAAGUCUUUGCUGCAGGGCAGAAAAUUUUCUGGCAGUCCUGCCGGCAAGAAAAUCUUGCAUACUUGGACUCCUGAUGCGCAGCUGCGAUGACUUGGUUGCCAUCACGCAGCAGAGAAAAACUUGAAUAAGUGGACUUGUGAUGGGUAUCUCACCCCUCGUCAGUGUUGAGUGUGGAAAAUUCAUUCACAAAGAGAACUCUUCUUUGAGUGUUGGAAAAAUUCAUUCUCUCUGUAUCUCGUGCAUCAUCGAUCCAUGGCGGAACAUGCGGCUCAUGCGGCUCUUGCAGGCUUCAAAUGGUUGGUCUCUCCGAUCAUCACUAACCUCAUCAACAAGGGUUACGCCUACCUCGACAUGGACGUGGCCGAGAAGAUGCAGGACCUGGAGAAUAUUAUCAUCCCCCAGAUGGAGAUACUCAUCGAGGCGGCCGAAAACAGCCCGCAUAAGGCCCGUCUACACGGUUGGUUGAAGAGCCUUGAGGAAGCUGUUUACGAAGCCGAGGACGUGCUGGACCUGCACUGCUAUUAUCUUCUCAAGCAGAAGGUAAAGCGCAGCACAGGAGGAAUCACAGUGCGUCUCGAAUCUCUUCCUUUGAUCAAAAACUUGUUGAAACGCUUUACUUUCGGACCGCAAAAUAUAAAGCUGAAACAUGCCUUGAUGAACCUGGAGAAUGUUGCCGCCAAAGCCAAGGAAUUCCUUCCAUUCUUAACCAUAGGGGUUAGCAAUGUAAGAGGGCCUGAAGCCACCAAUGAGUCAGGUCGGAAGGUCACCACCUCGCUGCUCACACACACAGUAUUUGGACGAGACAAAGAUCGCGAUCAUAUAAUAGACCUGCUGCGUGAGAGGGUAGGGCUCGAACAUGAAUCAAGCUUCGCUAAAAGCUAUACUAUUGUGGCUAUAGUUGGUCUAGGAGGAGCUGGAAAGACUACUCUAGCACAGUAUGUAUGUGAUUAUGAAAGAGAAGCCAAGCAUUUUGAUGUCAUCAUGUGGGUUCAUGUGUCGCAGAGAAUGGAUGUUGAAAAGUUGACGAGCAAGAUGGUAGAGUCAGCAUCUGGAAUGGAAUGCCCUCACCUCAAUAAUCUCGAUACUCUUCAGAUGGAAUUGACGAAAUUGUUGAAGUUGAAGAAGUUUCUACUCGUGUUAGACGAUAUAUGGAGCGUGGAUGACAAGCAAUGGGAGUUGCUACUCGCACCGUUAAGUGUGGGAAAUAGAGGAAGCAAGAUCUUACUGACAACCCGUAUGAAGGGAGCAGCAGAACUUUUGGGCACGAAACACUUCAUACAAUUAAAAGAAAUAGAACAAAGCGACUUUGUGUCCUUGUUUAUGUACUACGCCUUUGGUGAUGCGAAAAUUGACGAUAACACACUAUGCAAGCAACUGGAAGGGGUAGUGAAGGAGAACGCUUCGAAGCUACAUGGUUCUCCCUUAGCUGCAAGGAUGGUGGGUGGUCAGUUAUGCAGAAGGCUGGAUGCAAACUUUUGGAAGAGCAUUCUAAAUCGAGACCUUUUGAAAGACACUAUGAAGUCUCUGUUAUGGAGUUACCAGAACCUAGAUGCACACCUGCAAAGAUGCUUCUCAUACUGCAGUCUGUUUUGCAAGGGUGAUUUGAUCCUACGUAAGGGCUUAGUUCACCUCUGGAGUGCAGAGGGCUUCAUUAAGACUCGGGACGAGAGCAAGCAAAUGGAGGACGUAGCCAAGGAGUACAUCGAUGAUUUGGUAUCCAGCUCUUUCUUUCAGCCAUCAUCUUUGUGUGACAAUUCAUACGUUAUGCAUGAUUUAUUGCAUGAUCUAGCAGAAAUGGUUUCCAAAGACCGAUGUUUUAGAGUUGAAGGAAGCUUGACAAAGGAAAUACCCCGAGAGAUUCGUCAUCUUUCUUUGAUCAUGGAUAGACCAAGCGAUGUAAAGGAGGAGAUAUGCAGUUUGAGGAAUCUCCGCACGCUGAUAUUCGUCGGCAUUAUCAAUGAUGAUUGCAUUGAUGAUCUUCUCCAUGACAUAUUCGGCAAACUGAAGAAACUAAGGGUGGUGGAUCUCAGCUCUUGCGAAGUGCGAAAGCUGCCGAAAUCGAUUGGUGGCUUAAAGCAUCUGCGCCACCUUGAUCUUAGGAAUUCAUCUUUUGAAUUUUUCCCAAAAUCAGUCUCUACACUCUACCAUUUAGAGUUUUUGUUUCUUAACUGUACAUCAGUAUGGAAGGGACUAACCCACUUGAUAAAUUUGCGGCAUAUAAAUUGUUUUGGUGGCAUGCUCGAGAGGGUACCUAGGAUUGGCAUGCUGACAGCCCUUCAGACUUUGCGGUGUUUCCAGGUGCAAAAGAAGAAGGGAUAUGAAUUGAAACAAUUGGAGAAGCUAACUGAGCUUCAGGACUCAUUACAUAUUUCGGGGCUUGAGGAUGUUGAAGGAAAGGCAGAGGCCCUUGAGGCCAAGUUAAAGGAUAAAAAAGGCAUUGAGAAACUAAGGUUAGAAUGGAGUACCAGCGGUAAUAGCAGCAGGUCAUCAGAUAUGGAUACACAAGUACUCGAGGGCCUUUGCCCACCUCCCCAGCUUAGAAUUCUCGAAAUCAUGGGCUAUCAGGGUCAAAUAUGCCCGAGUUGGAUGGUAGGAGAUCGAUGCCUCUUACACAAUCUUAAAUCUCUUGAGCUCCAUCAGUGUCGAGCAUUGGAAUUCCUCCCGGAUAUAGACAGCUUAUCGCAAGAUCUGAACGAUCUUGUGCUCCAGGAUCUUUGGAAACUAAAGAAGCUCUCAAUCCUUCCCCCAGCCCUGACGAAACUCGUGCUUGAUGCUUGUUUCUCCCUUGCAUUUGGCUCCAAAGAGGAUUCAGAAAUGAUAAGGUCCACACAGGAUAUAACAAUUUCUCAAGUAGUGACCUUUUCAGAAGGCUUGGCUGAUAAACAUGCCAUAAAUAUCAGACAGUCCAAAUGGUCUAAAAUCAUAUCAAAAUCGAGUGUGCAAACAGACGGGAAUUCGUUACGUAAUUGGCUAGAACUGAGAAUGGACAUAAUCUACCGAAACCUGCAGGAAGAGGAGGUGCAGCUGGUCCUGCCCCCUUCUCUUCAACUACUUGAGCUCACCUCUUGCGCAUUCACCAACAGCGCUUUGCAGGAAUGCCUGCGAGAUCUUACCUCAUUAACUCACCUGAAGAUAUCAGAUGUCAUUUCUCUUACAUCCCUUCCCUCAGCGGAUGUUUUGGGAUGUCUGACAAUGCUUCAAGAGCUAGAGAUCAGAGAAUGCUGGUUCCUAACCUCACUGGGUGGUUUGCACACCCUCAGCUCACUGAAAGAACUCACUAUAGACUUAUGCCCCAACCUAUCAGCAGAAUGGCCAACUCUAGGUGGCAGCACCUCUCUCCUUCCCUCCUCGCUGGAGUCGCUCAAAAUCAAUGCAUGUAACUGGAAGCAUUUGGAUGAUUUGCGACCUGAUUUGGCAAGCUUGAACAAUCCGUUCAUGGCAUCCCUCCAGCUGGGCAAUUUAAAAUCACUCUCCAAACUGAGCAUCACCAACUGUCCAAACCUUAGUUCGUUGCUGGGUUUGGACGAGCUGGAGCACCUCAAAGAACUCGUUGUGAAGAAAUGUCCGAAACUCACACAUGCAGAAACCAAGUUAGGCGAUGGAGGUUCGUCACAACUCAAAAGCUGCAUAAUCGACGCCCCCUCGCUGCUCUACGUGCUGCUGGCGGAACGAGCCAGUGCCUCUCUCAAUUUCUUGCAUGUUGAAGAUUUCAACAGUGAGUCAUUCAGGCCAGAGGAUGAGCAAGUGUUUCAGCACCUCACCUCACUCAGAAACUUGCACUUCAGAAAAUGCAGCAUCAAGUCCUUGCCUGCCAACUUGGAAAGCCUGAAUUCCCUUGGUCUUCUGUAUAUUUACAAUUGCCAGAAUAUUCUGUCACUGCCUCAUCUGCCGAGAUCACUUUCUUCGCUCAGCUUGUUAUCUUGCAAUCCGGUGUUGGAGAAGCAAUGCCAAAAGCCUCACGGCCAAGAUUGGUGCAAGAUAGCACACAUUCCUACAGUAUAUGUUUCCUGACUCUGUUCGAUGACGUGAAAUUAUUGGCAUCAUCUAGUACAUAUUAGCAGCAUUAUUGAUGGUAGUAUGAAAGCAAAAGAACAAAGAGAAUAAAGGGGAAACAGAAAAAAUUACACAACACAUGAAUUGCUGGUGGCCAAGCAC